CGGGUGUUGAACAGGUUGCAAGUGGAUUUUGUUAACACUAUGUACUAGCGAUACCGGAUCAAAGAUGAGAAAAUUCGAGAUCAUUACCUGUAGAGAAAAAAAUCUAAAGGACGUACGGGGACCUACCUAAUUUGGAUGUUAUAUGCGGUAAAAAGAGCUAAUAGGAUCGAUUUACUAAUGGAUUAAUGCUUCUAUGUAUGGACGUUGUUCUAGCUUGUCAAUUAGAAAUGCGUAAAUGAUGCAAUCAACUAGAAUAAAAAGGCGUUGUUAUCUUAGUUAAUGAAUUCUGCGAGGCAAAUGUUUUGUAUUGAUACAAGAGACGGGCCAUUAGUAAGUUCAUCAAUAUUCAAACUAAUAUUCUAUGGAAUUAUCAUGGUCCACAACAAUUUUAUGCUAAGAGGCAAAUAAGCUAGAUUAGAUAGCACCGACAAAGGUAAACGGAGAAGAAUGAUAAUUUAUGGUAAGAUCAAUGCAUCAAGAAACCUGAGGUAAAGCUAAGCGGCGAAAGGACAAAACAAAUACAGGUCUAUCACCAUGGAUUCCCUGUUGGCAAACUGUACUGGUACCCGCACCAUGAAUAUGAAAGUAUACAUGAACUCGAGUGGCUGUGGCUCAUUUGACCCAUUAUUAGAGCCCCCAGUCAUUGCCACAAACUCAACUUCUACGUCACCCGGGGCAGACCUCAAAAGUGCCGCGCUUAUGACAAACAUCAUCAUGAUAUGCUCAGGAAUAUUUGGUAACAGCUUAGCCUUGGCUGUGCUAUAUAAAAGUCGUAAAGAAGUGAGAAAGAGUGUGUUUUAUAUAUUGGUUGCAGCGCUUGCGUGGACGGACCUCACAGGGAUUAUAUUAGUGUCCCCCAUCCCAUUGUUAGUGUAUACUGAUACAGUGUUGUUAUCCGAAGCCGUGGCAUUGUGCAAGUACCAUGCAUUUGUAAUGAUAUCAUUUGCACUUGCGACUCCACUGAUCGUUGGUACAAUGGCAGUUGAACGCUUCAUGGCACUAAGAUAUGCGUAUGUCUACUCAGUACAUGUGACAAAAUCAAAAGCACGUAUUGUUAUAGGAAUAAUAUAUUGUAUUGUGCUUGUGGUAGCCCUACUGCCCGUUACUGGGUUUGGAAGCUAUGCCUUACAGUGGCCAUAUACCUGGUGCUUUCUUAAUUUCCAUGCCGAAAGCCCUCUGGAUACGGCAUAUGCAGUUACGUUUGCGGGCAUCAGCAUGAGCAUGAUCCUAGUCAUCAUCACGUGCAAUGUAAUCGUCAUUAUUACACUGUUGAGGUUGCGCCACAGGAGACAAUCAAUGCGCCUUAACAGCUCAGGGGAACAGAGGAGGAUAUGUAGGUCCAGGAAACAUAACAUGCUUGAACUACAAAUGGUAUGGCUUCUUUGUGGCAUCACAUGCGUAUUCACUAUGUGCUGGGCACCCCUCAAUAUCCGCAUUUUGAUUAAUGAGAUAACUCAAGUGAGAGACAACAAACAAGAUCUAAUCUCACUAAGACUGGCCUCGGUGAAUCAAAUCUUGGAUCCAUGGGUCUAUAUCUUAAUGAGGAAGGCUCUUAUUGAAAAAGUUCUGGCUUGUAUGCGGCGCAUUCUCUGCACCAACAGAGUUUGCGGACCUGAAAUGCAUUCAAAUAGUUCAAUCCAAAUGCCCGCGCAGACUUUUAAAUCAUUCACAUUCAGAAACACAACAUUCAAACAAAAUACGACAAUUAAACAGACGAAAUUAAAUGGUGUAACUAUGAGACGGCUUCAACAGAAUGGACACCGACGCCAAGUGUAUAUUACAACUGCUAAUACUGCUCUAGAAGGGCAAGCCAAGCCACAGACGAAUCCUUCUCUUGCAAUAUCACCAACACGCUCUCAUUCUAGAAGCCAAGAAUCUCUCUGUAAAGACGUACAUCCGUGUUUACCCGAUGACCCAUUAUUAGAUAUUCAAUAUAAUGACAGAAUCACAAACCUAGAUGAACCUAAACCCCCGGACCCAGUGGUAGAAAUAUACAUCGAUGGAAUGGAUAGCUCAUCUGAUAGUUACAAUUAAACGUGAUACUGGAUCUGGAUCGGGUUGCUUUAACUCUGUCUUAUCUCGCAACUCAUACUCAUCUCCUAGUCGUCCCAAUAAAAGCUUCUAGUCCAUGGUAUGACUUCCGAAUACGAAGGAUCCGUAGCACACUAUAGCGCAGAAACAUUUGAAGCAAUAUUUAUGGAGGUGCAUAUGUCUUGAUUCUUUUAAAAU